AUGGCCGGCAUCAAGCGCUGCUUCCGGAAUGCGGGCCAAAUCUACUAUGGCGAGGUGGAGGAGCAGGCAGAUGGCACCUGCUUGAGAGAUGGCCUUGGGCUGCAGCUCUUCACAGCUCGGGUGCCGCCCCGUCCCGACACGGCGGAGGGGGAGACGGAGACUGCGGAGACUGCGGAGAUCGUGCACGGCCGCUACCAAGGAGCCUGGAAGAAGGGACAGCUUACGGGUGCAGGCGUGUAUCGCUGGAGCGAUGGAACCGUGUAUGACGGAUACUUUCUCGAUGGCUCCCCUCAUGGCUAUGGCCGCAUCCGAUGGCCGGAGGGUACAGUCUACGAUGGAGAUUGGAAUCGUGGAGAGAUGCAUGGGCAAGGGACCUACAUUUGUGGCUUCAAACAUCUGGAGAGCCAUGGAAUCUUCUGGCGAAACUGCCUCAAGAACCACACGGGACAGUGGGUGAGCAAGGUGGAGGAAAGAGAAGCUCUCAGACAGCAGCAUCUCAAGAUUAAUGCUUAUCCUAGCACAUGCUACGUCAUUCCGGUGAUUCGAUGUGAUGGCAAAGACAUCCUGGCCAAAGCGCUAACAAUAUCACAAGAACCACCGUACUUGGUCCCUUUCUUGCUUGCCAAGCAGUCCUGCAGUGCCGGGCCGGAUACCAAUGAGACAUCGCCACCUCCUAUGUGCUACGUAGAAGAAGAUGCACCUGGUGUCCUAGGGUCCACUUUCGGGACCUCCAUCCAUAUUGCACAUGUAGCAGUCGAGAAGCGGCGCAUGCGGCACACAGACCCUCUAUUCCAAAACGCCAUUCAGCGGGCAUUGCUGGAGUCCAGGCCCUUGUCGUUGAUUUGGGCCGACGAUGACAAGCGAGCGUCUCCAUUCUCGGAUCAGCUUGAGAUCCCGGUAGACAUCUGGGACCUCGAGAAUGCGAAAGCGGUGCCUGACGAGUGGUCUCUCGACUACUUCUUCGACAAGCUGGUGUUGCCAACGGACAUCUUCGACCCUCUCCAUUUCCAGUGCAGCAACCAGGCCUCUGCCUUCCUGCCGGAGGCGCAGGUCCAGCAGGACCCGGCGGAGCCGGCGGAGCCGGCGGAGCCGGCGGAGCCGGCACAUCCCGAGAUGCAGCCUCCUCCCAUUCUCCACACCUUGCGUGUUCUGAUGAUGUCGCUCAAGAAGCGCCUCGACACCUCGAUUCCGAACGGGGCUGAAGACGAGUCUAUCAGGAAGCACAUGCGGAGCCGCUUCGGAUCUGCGGUGCCGCUGCACCGCAUUGCGGUGCUCGUUGCUGGUUGA